AUGCUAAUUUUCACUGAUCCUCUGAGACCACCCAGAGAGACGGUGACUUCCCGAAAAUUCGGGUUGGCUGCUAUCAAACUGUAUCCGCAACAAGACAUCUACGUGAUCGGCGACGAUCGCCUCAUCAUGAGCAAAGAAGAGGAAGAAGAGUUCCUGGAAAACGAACCCUUCCGUGACGACGACGGCACUUAUACCGAAUUAAACAGGAUGACGUUCCACGGAAGCGCCUUUGGCCGUCAGGACUCCCUUUCCAUCGCCGCUGAACUCCAGCAGAAAGACAAGGAGCGCAACCAGAGCUCGUUUAUGGAAGCAGACGUCAACAUUGAAAAUUACCUAAAGGAACUGCGUGACGAAGAAGCGUACACAGACGAUCCUCUCCAAGAAGACCCGGAACUCGCCAAAACCUCUUUUGAAAUGGAACAGAGUGCCGUCUUCGAUUCAAUUCACAAUAACCCCAUGAUGGGCCGGUUACGUGAUGACCCAAUGGACGAUAUCUUCAAAAGCCAAGUUCCCCACAGUUCCCACCAACAAGGACCCCUCAUCGACACUGCACCAAUCACAUUGGCAAAGGUGAAGAUGGAACCCUGGGAAGAAGAGCAAGGCACAUCCCGACAACCAAGAACCGUGAUGGUGCCACGAACACAAAUCGUCCAGAAGUAUCCUGUUAUGACCGAGCCCUCGAAGCCGCCGAUGAACAAGAACUACGUUCCGACCACGAAGGCCAGAAAGUACAACUUGAAGCCUAAGGAGGAGAAGGAGACCAACAACUACAAGAUCAAGCGGAUGCGUAACAACGAUGCUGUUCGUCGUAGCCGCAUGAAGGCCAAGGAGGCCCAAGAGAAGCGCGAGAAGGAGCUCAGUGAUCUUCGCUCUCACAAUGAUAAGCUGGAGCGCGAGAACAAGCUUCUCAUCAACUCGCUCCAGGAGUACCGCCGCAAAUGUACUUGCCAACCCUUCAAGCAU